CGUUAUCACUAAUAUUAUCUUCCCUGUUGUUAUCAACGACACAAAAUAAAAAAACCCAGAGCCCAAAAUAUUUGCUCUGGUAAAAACCUUAUCAUUUCCUCUUACCAAACCCCUCAAAACCCUAACUUUAAUCCUCAAUUUCAAUGGAGUCAACUGCUGAAGCUGCAUCAAAUUCGUUGCUUUCUGCUGACCCUUUUACAGGUUCUGUUGAAACUUCUUCUUUUUUGGAUAAAAAUGUUGUUAAUGAUACAAAUGUUUUGAAUGGUAGUGAUGAUAUUGAUAGUAUAAGUAGUGUAAGUGAUGAUGGUUUUGUUAGUGGUGAGGAGGAUUUUGAUGUGGAAAAGAAGUCUUUUUUAGAUUACCCAGAUGAUAAAUAUAAGACUGUUGAUGUGAAUUCUGGUGACCCUUUUGUGGAUUUUGAAACCCCAAUUGCAGGUGGUGAAGAAAAGAGUUUUAAAGAUGUGGUUUUGGAGAGUGGGGAGGGUUUGAAUGGAGUGGUGGAAAGGAUUGGUGAUGGUGUCGAAAAAAGUUUUAAGGAUGUGGUUGCGGAGAGUGGGGAGAGUUUGAAUGGAGUGGUGGAAGGGAAUGGUGAUGUUGUCGAAAAAAGUUUCAAGGAUGUUGUGGAGAGUGGUGAGAGUUUGAAUGGAGUGGUGGAAGGGAGUGGUGAUGGUGUCAAGGAGAGUUUCAAGGAUGUGGUUGUGGAAAGUGGGGAUGGGGUUUUGGGGAAUGUUGAUGUUGUGACGGAAGGGGGUUUGAGGGAAGACAAGGUGACCGAGUUCUCUGAGGGGUUGGGGUCUGAUUUGAAUGGAGUGGUGGAAAAGAAUGGUGGUGUUGGAAAAAGUUUCAAGGAUGUGGUUGUAGAGGGUGGGGAGGGGUUGACGGGGAAUGUUGAUGUUGGGGCGGAAGGGGGUUUUGUAGAAGAAGAAGUGAGGGGGUUUACUGAAGGGUUGGGGUCGGGGGUGGAGGAGAAUAGCUUGGAGAGCGAGGAAGUGUUGGAGGUGAAGAAAAUGGAGGGUGUUAGCCAAGUGGUAGAGAAACAUGUUGUUGAAAGCAGUGAGAGUGAGCAAGUAGGUGAUGUGGUUGUGGAAUCGGGUAGUGGUGUUGAGGUUACACGGGAAGGAGACACUGUUGUGGAGACUAUAAAUGUUGACUUGUUGGAGCCUGGUGUUGCUGUUGUCGGGGAAAUGGAAGGGAAUGGGACAGCUUAUAGAAGUAUGAAUUUGAAUGCCGAGUCUGAUCAAGUAAGCGCUGGGACUGUCGAGGAGGGUUCAGGUGAAAAUAUCAUUGUUUCUGCAGAAUCUGAUAAUCCAAGCUUGGAAAAUGGAUCCGAUAAAGUGAUUGUUGGGACUUUUGAGGAAAAUGAAGUUCAGAAUAUCGGUGCACCCUCAAAUUCUCAGUUAUCUGAUAUAGAUAAUGCAAAAAUUACCCUGGAUGGAGACUCUGUUGGGAAAGAUCUACAUGUGAAUAUGGCUGUGUCUGGAGUGGCAGUUGGGAUAGAAAAAGAGGAAGUUGAUGGGGUGUUGAGUGGGGCUGGUCAAGUACAUGAUGUUAAAACUACCCCUGAAGGAGACUCUGUUGUGGAAAAUAUAAAGGUGGAUAUGUCAGAACCUGGGGUGGCUGUUGUUGGUAAUAUAGAAGAGGAUGGUCAGGCUGAUGCCAAUGUUGGAAAUAAUCAAGAAAAUGAAAAGGAGCAUGUAAAUCAGAUUGAGGGAGUAGAAGUUGUUUCUACCCGGAAUUUUGUUGGCGAUGAUGGAUCUGAUGCUGCCGUUGAUGCUCUGCUUCCUGUAAGUAGUAUUCCAACCAAUGCAGAAGAACACAAACGAGAUGAUGAUUUAAGUUUAAGUGUUCAGGAUGAGAUAACAGAAAAUGGUGUCUCCGAAAAAUCCCUUGCAAAUGAUUCUGCUGAAUCUAAUCCACUUCAAAACAAAGAAAUUGAGGUCAAAGAUGAUGCAAAUUUUGUCAAGAAUGAAACAAGUGAGGAUGACUUAGAAGGCUCAGGUUCUGAUGAAGGGGACUCUGAUGGUAUGAUUUUUGGAAGUUCUGAAGCUGCAAAACAAUUUAUCGAGGAGUUGGAACGUGGAUCAGAAGGAAAUUCCAACUCUGGUGCUGAGAGUUUUCAUGAUAAUGCACAGAGAAUUGAUGGGCAAAUAGUUACAGACUCCGAAGAAGAGGACAGUGAUGAAGAAGGAGAGGGUAAGGAGUUGUUUAAUUCAGCAGCUUUAACGGCACUCUUAAAAGCAGCAACAGGUGCAGGAUCAGAUGGAGGCAAUAUAACUAUUUCUCAGGAUGGCUCUGGGCGUUUCUCAAUUGAACGUCCUGCUGGUUUAGGAUCCUCAACACAUUCCUUAAGGCCUGCUGCCCGAGCAAAUCGGUCUAAUUUUUUUAAUCCUUCAAUUUUUGCUGGCGGUGAAGAAACUGAGGACAACUUGACUGCUGAGGAGAAGGGGAAGAUAGAAAAGUUACAGUCAAUCAGGGUUAAAUUCUUGAGACUUGUUCAAAGAUUAGGGAUGUCCUCUGGUGAUUCAGUUGCAUCCCAGGUUUUGUACAGGCUGGCGCUUGUUGCAGGGAGACAAACUGGUCAGCUUUUCAACCUUGACAAUGCGAAGCAGACAUCAUUGCAGCUUGAAGAUGAGAAAGCAGAUUUGGACUUCUCCCUGAGUAUAUUAGUUCUUGGGAAGUCCGGUGUUGGAAAGAGUGCAACUAUAAAUGCCAUUUUAGGUGAGGAGAAAGCUCCAGUUGAUGCGUUUCAGCCUGCCACAACUGCUGUCAAAGAAAUCAUAGGUGUGGUUGACGGGGUUAAGAUUCGGGUCUUUGACACACCUGGCCUCAAGUCUUCCGUAGUGGAUCAGUCUUUCAAUCGAAGCAUAUUGUCUUCUGUUAAGAAAUUUACAAAGAAAAAUCCUGUUGAUAUUGUCUUGUAUGUGGAUCGUCUGGAUGCCCAAACUAGGGAUCUUAAUGAUAUACCCCUGUUACGUACAAUUACUAGUUCACUUGGAUCUCCUAUAUGGCGUAGUGUCAUAGUAACUCUGACACAUGCUGCUUCAGCACCUCCGGAAGGACCAUCUGGUUCUCCAUUUAGUUAUGAUUCGUUUGUUAGCCAACGGUCCAAUGUUGUGCAGCAGUCUAUAGGGCAAGCCUCUGGUGAUCUACGCAUGCUUAGCCCGAGCCUUAUGAAUCCGGUUUGUCUGGUUGAGAACCACAGUUCAUGCCGAAGGAAUAGAGAAGGACAAAAGGUUCUGCCUAAUGGCCAAAGUUGGAGGCCUCAAUUGUUGAUAUUGUGUUACUCUACAAAAAUAUUAUCAGAAGCAAAUUCUAUCUCAAAACCUCAAGAUUCAUUUGAUAGCCGUAGGCUCUUUGGGUACCGUACCCGCUCACCCCCUCUUCCCUACAUGUUGUCUUCCAUGUUGCAGUCACGUGUGCACCCAAAGCUUUCCUCCGAACAAGGUGGUGACAAUGGUGAUUCUGAUGUUGACUUGGCAGACCUAUCGGAUUCUGACCAAGAGGAUGAAGAUGAGUAUGAUCAGCUUCCACCAUUCAAGCCUCUUAGGAAAUCUCAGCUUGCCAAGUUAAGUGUCGAGCAGAGAAAAGCCUACUUUGAGGAGUAUGAUUACCGUGUGAAGCUUCUUCAGAAGAAGCAGUGGAGGGAGGAGCUGAAAAGAUUAAAAGAGAUGAAGAUGAAAGGCAAGGAUUCUGCAAAUGAUCAGGGUUACAAUGAAGAAGAUCCUGAUGCUGGUUCUGCAGCUCCAGUUUCUGUUCCACUACCAGACAUGGCCCUGCCACCUACUUUUGAUGGUGAUAAUCCAGCACACAGGUAUCGGUUUCUGGAACCAACUUCGCAAUUUCUGGCAAGGCCGGUUCUGGACACCCAUGGUUGGGAUCACGAUUGUGGAUAUGAUGGGGUCAAUCUUGAACAGAGUCUAGCCAUUCUCAGUCAAUUUCCGGCUGUAGUGUCUGUUCAGCUCACAAAGGAUAAGAAAGAGUUCACUGUCAAUUUGGACUCUUCCAUCGCUGCUAAACAUGGGGAGAAUGGAUCAAGUAUGGCAGGCUUUGACAUUCAGAAUAUGGGUAAGCAACUCGCGUACAUCAUCAGAGGUGAAACCAAGUUCAAGAAUUUCAGGAAGAACAAAACUGCUGCCGGGAUAUCUGUUACUUUCUUGGGGGAAAAUGUUGUCACUGGACUCAAAGUUGAGGAUCAGAUUUCUUUUGGAAAGCAGUAUUCUUUGGUUGCCAGUGGAGGUACGGUCCGAUCUCAACAGGAUGUAGCAUAUGGAGCUAAUAUUGAACUGCAGCGCAGGGAACUUGAUUAUCCUAUUGGACAGGUGCAGUCCACACUUGGCCUCUCCAUAAUAAAGUGGAGAGGUGACUUAGCUUUGGGGUUCAACAGUGUAGCAAACUUCUCUAUCGGACGCAAUUCCAAGGUGGCUGUACGAGGCUCAUUAAAUAACAAACUUAGUGGCCAGAUUUCUGUACGGACAAGUAGCUCCGAGCAUCUUUCUCUUGCUCUUGCAAGCAUUCUUCCAGUCGCGGUGACCAUUUACAAGAAACUUUUCCCCGUUGGUGACAAGUACUCAACCUAUUAAUUCUUGUUUAUUUAUGUUCAGCAACUUUUUACGAGGAUUCAGCAACUUUUGGUUCAUCUUGAGGCUUGCUCCGGAAGGUAGAUGUUAGCAUUUACAUGAGUACUCUGUAUUUUUGACCAUUGCGGAACUGUUUGCAUAUCAAGGUUAUGUUAAUUUUCAUUUUGUUGAGAACACCAUGAAUCUAUGGGAUGCAAUAAUUUCUCUCAA